AUGGCUGACUCGGCACCACCCUCUUCGGCACCACCUACUUCGGCAUCACCUUCUUCAGCACCACCCUCUUCGGCACCACCUUCUUCGGCAUCACCUUCUUCCGCACCCCCUUCUUCUUCACCACCUUCUUCCCCACCUUCUUCUUCACCACCUUCUUCUUCACCCCCUUCUUCACCUCCUUCUCCUUCUCCUUCUCCUUCUCCUUCUCCUUCUCCUUCUCCUUCUCCUUCUCCUUCUCCUUCUCCUUCUCCUUCUCCUUCUCCUUCUCCUUCUCCUUCUCCUUCUCCUUCUCCUUCUCCUUCUCCUUCUCCUUCUCCUUCUCCUUCUCCUUCUCCUUCUUCUCCUUCUCCUUCUUCUCCUUCUCCUUCUCCUUCUCCUUCUCCUUCUCCUUCUCCUUCUCCUUCUCCUUCUCCUUCUCCUUCUCCUUCUCCUUCUCCUUCUCCUUCUCCUUCUCCUUCUCCUUCUCCUUCUCCUUCUCCUUCUCCUUCUCCUUCUCCUUCUCCUUCUCCUUCUCCUUCUCCUUCUCCUUCUCCUUCUCCUUCUCCUUCUCCUUCUCCUUCUCCUUCUCCUUCUCCUUCUCCUUCUCCUUCUCCUUCUCCUUCUCCUUCUCCUUCUCCUUCUCCUUCUCCUUCUCCUUCUCCUUCUCCUUCUCCUUCUCCUUCUCCUUCUCCUUCUCCUUCUCCUUCUCCUUCUCCUUCUCCUUCUCCUUCUCCUUCUCCUUCUCCUUCUCCUUCUCCUUCUCCUUCUCCUUCUCCUUCUCCUUCUCCUUCUCCUUCUCCUUCUCCUUCUCCUUCUCCUUCUCCUUCUCCUUCUCCUUCUCCUUCUCCUUCUCCUUCUCCUUCUCCUUCUCCUUCUCCUUCUCCUUCUCCUUCUCCUUCUCCUUCUCCUUCUCCUUCUCCU